GUGUGUCCAGUUUAGUCUCUUCUUCGGUGUGUAGAAAACGCGAAGUACAUAAUUCUUUCUAUGUAGCGUGAACAGGUUCGCCGUUGUUGUUAACUUUACUUCUGUGCUCGCAUUUAGGUCACCGAUCAUCUUUAUCUCGGCCAUUUCACUUACCUUCCGCAAUCAGGAAUUGAAAAUAUUUCAAAAUGGGUUUCACAUUGAAGUCAUGCUUCAUAAGCUUAUUCAUCACAGUUCACCUUGCAAUGGGCCAACAAAAAUCUCAGAGGGAAUUGAGUCAAAUUAUACUCACUUGUCAUAAAAAUGAUCCAAAAUUGAACGAAUGUCUGACUCAUUCAGCUAAUCACUUGGCAACUCAAUUCAGACGAGGUAUUCCAGAAUUAGGAAUUGGUGAUGUUGAACCUGUAACAAUUGAUGAAAUUCAUUUAUCUCUCGGAUCUGGACCAAAUGGAUACAGAGCAACUUUCAGAGAUAUUGAAGCCUAUGGCGUUAGUAAUUUAACAGUUAAUUCUGUCAGAUCAGAUUUAAAUACAAUGCAAUUCCAGUUGAGUUUUACUAUUCCUAAAAUAUCAGCCCUUGCUAAAUAUCGUAGUUCUGGUGUUUUAAUCAUGGUUCAAGCUUCAGGUGGUGGAGAUUACUGGGGAGAAUAUGAUGGUGUGCGAGCCAAAGUCUACAUCAAGGGAAAUACUGUUGCUAGAAAUGGGUACAGAUAUCUCGAAUUGGAUGACCUGAAAAUGGAUUUCAGUGUAAAAGAUAUCCAAAUGGGUAUUAAAAAUAUUCACAAUGGAAACACAAUUAUUGAGGCUGCUUUGAACUUAUUUAUCAACUCUAAUUCUCAAGAAUUGUUGAAGGAAAUGAAACCAUCAAUUAAAAAGAAAUUAGUUGCUCAAAUGAAACACUUUGUCAGUAAUCUUUUCUCUCAAGUACCUGUUGACUAUUGGAUUGAAGGAUAAAAAUUUCUCACAGGUGUUUCCUAGUUGUGUGAAUAUGGCUAAUCAAAAAAAAAAAAAAAUUUGAUGCAUUUGUUAUUAUAUAUUUGGCUCCAAGAAGAUAAUGCCUAUAAAAUUUAUUUAUAAGAAUAAGAACUCAGAAAUU